AGGUUAGGUUUCGAUCGAGUGCUAGCUAAGGAGGGGACAUCAAUCGACGAGUUUGCGAAGUUACAUCUGUUGAGAUGGUUGGGAUAUAUGUUGCUGCGCAUGUCUAGCCAUCGAUCGAUCUCCUUCCUCGAUCGGCAGUGUUAGCUGACAGGAUUAAACAGGUUAGGAAAGAGCUGGUAGUGAUCGAACUAAAACUUGGUCUGAAUGUGUUCCGAUCUUCUUGGUGCUGGCGUCUUUAUUUGCUUGUCUUGCUGUAUCCAUUUCCGGAGCUCCCUAACGUUCAGGCACCUCUCGUCGGUUGCACUUCUGAUGGUCUAUACGUGACCGCGUUUCACGGUGACCAUGUAUGGUCCUUCCCACUUUGGAAGUAGUUUGCGUGACCCCGGCACAUAUUCGUCCGUGUUUCGCUUCACACUAUGCUGCCUUCAUGAUGUGUAGUCACAUGGUGUUCUACCUUGUUUUGACAGUCUGUUAUAUUUUGCUAUGUUUAUAUGGAUCGAUAUUUCAUUAUAACUAACAAUAUGCUUUUGUCUGUCCACUAAAUAAAUAAACAUGUAUGACCUUGUUACACAUGACAUUACAACCAAUCACGGUAAGAUGACUGUUCUAUUGGUUCAUGUGUAUUAGCCAUUUUCAUAUAUGCUCUUGUUUUGUAUACUUGUUUACAGAGUUCGUACACUACGUACCAUUUCACUCACACACUUGUGUGACAGACAUUUACUUUCCUUGUUUGGAAACUACAAGUAUCAUCGUGAACGAGGUGGUCUUCUGAUUUCCCUCUUUCCGCGUCAGGACUAUUAACUACUCGACGAGUACAUAACAUAAUUGGCGACGGGGAAAACUCUAUUAACCACUCAGCAGUACAUAACACUUCACCCGACUUCUCAGCAGCGUUCCAAGUGACAGCCUUUUCGCUGACGGCUCUUGAACGAGAUUUAACUCCACAAGAGCCUCGAAGUCCUGCAAGCAGAUUCAUGUGUUUCUUUCUUCCAAAACUGCAGGGCAUAGGCUUUUCAUUUGUCGGCAGGCAGCGACACCGAAUGUAACAGCAGAAGUCAAGACAAAGAAGCCAAGCUUCACCUAUUGGAAAAGAUGGUGAACUCACACUGACUGUUGUUCUCUUCGAUAUGGUUUAUCGUUUUUGCAGUGGUCUUGCUCCACAUUUUCCAAUGAAAAAAGUUUUACUAUUAUUGUGGAAAGUUCUACUUAUAACAUUAGGUCCAUUAAGCAGUUUAUUCGUGCGUAAAAAUCAAGCACGUGCUCGUUACGGGUUACCACCAUUGUCUGAGGAUUCUACACAUGUGAUACGCAGAGUUCGGGCUAAUACUCCACCGGCUGUAUCAACAGAUCAAGUGCUGUCAAGAAUACCACGGAAUAACAAUCGACAUCCAGUAUUGAAUCAAUCAAAUCAAGCUCCUAGACAAGGUUGUCUAGCUGGUGGUCGUGCAGCAUUCGAGCAACAACAGCAACAGCAGAAACCAUCUGUGCUAACCACAGUGACAUUUCCUUAUUCAGCUGAUUCGUCUAAACCACCAGUUGUCAAUAGUAAUCAAGCCACCACCACCACCACCACAGGAAAUGUUUCAAUAACAGACAGAAUUACUUCUGGUUUUGAUACGCCUAGACCAAGUUCUCCUGUAUCAUGUGAAUCCAACGAUAAUAGUGGAGAGAAUACAGUGUUGUUGAAAUAUCAACUGCCUAACACUACGACGACGCCGACGAUUAAUAAUAAUAUUGACACAACAACACCCGACUAUCUUUCUUCAUCCAACUUGAAUCAAUCAAAUCCAAAUCCUCAAAUUGUUCUACCUGGUCUGGCAAAUUUAUACACGGAUGGAAAAAGUUUACCAUGGAAGCCAAAAGUGAAAAAGAAAGAUUUAGAGGUUUUUCUAACUAAUGUCCGUUUAAAGUUUAUCGGCUUUCAUGUAGCCAAUGAUACUGUUUCAUUGGCUGGUCUACCUGAACCAAUUCAUGAAGCUGUACGUGUUAUGCGUGAGCAUAUUUACGUGUCAUUAGGAGAAGUACAAAUAGAAAAAGAAAAUGAAAUAGCUCAAAAUCCUUUGUCUAAGUCAGGAGAGACAUUACCCGAUACACCAGUUGAAAGGCUAUACCGUGCUAUGUAUCCUAUGCUACCUCAGUAUAUGAUUGCUUUAUUGAAGAUUCUGUUAGCUGCUAGUCCUACAUCUCGGACAAAAAAUGAAUCGAUCGAUAUAUUAGGUGAAAUUACACCUGGAGAAACCCGAAUGAAAACUGCUCAUGAAACAACUAUAUUUGCUGUUGAUAUUAAUCGUCAUCGUGAAAUUAUUGUUAAAGCUAUAUCUGGUUUAUUGUUAUUAUUAUUAAAACAAUUCAAGCUGAAUCAUAUUUAUCAAUUUGAAUAUGUAUCACAAUAUUUAGUUUUUGCCAAUUGUAUCCCGCUAAUUUUGAAAUUUUUCAAUCAAAAUACUUGUCUUUAUGUACAAGCAAAAAAUACCUUUUCAUGUCUGGAAUUUCCAUCUCGUCUAAUUGGUAAACCACCCGAGUUAACAGCUGAAAUGCUUGCGGGUGAUUGGAGUUCUUAUUGUUGGCGUAAUCUAUUCUCUUGUAUUAAUCUCUUAAGAAUAUUAAAUAUGCUAACUAAAUGGAAGCAUUCAAGAAUUAUGCUUUUAGUUGUCUUCAAAUCAGCCCCGAUAUUAAAACGUACACUACGCGUUAGGCAUGCAAUGCUUCAGUUGUACGUAUUGAAAUUAUUAAAAUUACAAAGUCGAUAUUUUGGACGUCAAUGGCGUAAAAAUAAUAUGUCAAUUAUGUCAGCUAUCUAUCAAAAAGUUAGACAUCGAUUAACAGAUGAUUGGGCUUAUGGAAACGAUGUUGAUGCAUUACCAUGGCAAUUUCAAGUAGAAGAAUGUUCAUUACGUACAAAUGUUGAUCAAUUUAUUCAACGUCGUUAUUGUGAUAAUUGGUUUGAUCCAGAAUUUAAACCAGUUGAUAAUUGUCUAAUGAGUGUAUUAAGUCAACCAGUACAAUUAUCUGAUGAAUUUAAACAAAACUAUGAAAAAUGGCUUGAAGAAGAAGUUUUCUCUGUACCAAUUAAUUGGUCACAAGUAUUGGCGCGUUGAUCAGUUGUUGUUGUUGUUGUUGUUGUUUUUAUUGUCAUUCUCUCUGUUAAAUGAAUCAAUAAAUGAAUGAACAAUAAGGGGAUAGCUAACUGUCUACCCUAUCUUCCUAUUUGUUCUUUAUAUAUGUAAUACUGAAUAAUAAUAAUAAUAAUAGCCUGUCUCGAAACCGGUCCUUAUAUAUUGUAUGUAUGAAGCAGAAUUAUACCAAAGCAUGCUGUAGCAAACAUUGACUAAUAUAAUAUUAUACAACAUAUAGUAAUACAAUGUUUUUAAUAUUUGCGUAUUUAUUGUCAAUGUCUUUUGUUUUAAAAUAAAAAUUUCUUU